UAAUACUAUCUGCUUUACCUAAUUAGCCCAAAAUGACUUAAAUAUAUCUAAUGAGGCUUGGAUAUUACGUAUUAGUAAUAGAAUCAUUAAUUAUUAAAUUUUGAUUUUCUAGUAUCGAGUGCGAUGUGUGCAAAUGCAUUAUGCAAUGUUAUUUCGGGGUUUUGGCAGGAGCAUCGCUAUCGGCCUCGGUACAGUAUCGGAUUGCUGAGCAAAUCACAUGGCAUCAAGCCCCACCACGGACCUGCGAACUCUACUUUUCGCAGGUGGCAGGGGCUUGCGAACUCGACUUUUUCGCACCAGUACUAAUAAAGUUAACUGAUUGCAAUACAAAUCAUUAACGGAGCAUGAGUGUCUCCUCGCAUUUGGCCCAACCUUCCUUUUUCUCCAGUUGUAGCUCUUUAGUCCAGCCAGGCCGGUAGUGGCCUUCUUCUUCAGGGCAGAAUAUGCUCUCCCCAUCCAAAUCCGCCCGGUUAUGGUCUACCAAGGAGAUGAGUGAGAUCGGACAUAAAUACAAAUUUGAAGGGCUCGUAAGCUUAGAAGGUGACGGGUCGGAUGGAGAUGCUGAUACUCCGGCCUCUGGCGUUAACAGUGAUCAGGAUGAGGUUGAGCCUGAGUUGGAUUGGACAUUGCCUGUCCCCGAAGUACUCUGCCAGUCCAAAGCCUUGAGCUGGGUCAAGACAGUUCUCAUUUGCACUCGAGGAAGGGAAUUACCUGGGAAUUUCAAUCCUCUCCUAAUCGUGGAGCUGUUUUGGGAGCAAUCCGAGAAUUGGCAAGAGCUGGCAGAGGACCACUUGCAGGACGUCUCGAAAUUGUGCUCCAACUUCGUCAUCGACUUGCUCCGGGACAUCUGCCCCGCAGAUGUCCCCCCCCCCCGAGUUCAAGCCUCCGUCGUCGAAGAGUCCCUAAAGAGCAGAAUGGAGGCUGGCGAAGCGGAACUGAAGAAGCUUCUCCAAGACCGAAAGCGCUGGUAUCAAUUACUUAUUUGGCGAAUUGAAAUCGAGCCUGGGUGAUGGCAGUAAGAGAAUUGGAUCUCAAUGGAGUUAGUUCUAGGCAUUAGGCCUCAAGGGAAUUGGGCAUCAGGAGGUUAUAAUACGAUAUCUGAAAGUGACGUGUCCGUGGCUUGGUUUUCGGCGGAUUGCAAGCGAAACCAACGGCAUCGAUUGC